AUGCAGAAUCUGUCUCCCCCACCAUCGACAACUUCACAUGCGGAGGCGACGCCGCCGCCGGAGCGGAAUUCGAGUAUGUGCAGAGACGCAGAGUGUGAGGUACGCGUGGCGAAUGUGACGAGGAACGCGGCGGUGUCGGAGGGAGUGAGUGGGUUUUUCGGAGUGGCGGAGGUUGGAGGAAGGGCUUAUGCUCUGGCGCAGUGCUGGGAGAGCGUCGGGAGAGAUGGUUGCUGGGAGUGUUUGGGUAAAGCCGCCGCCGCGGUGGUCGGAAGAUGUCUGCCGAGGAGGGAAGGGAGAGCGCUGAAUGCCGGGGAUUCAACACUAGGAGUGAUAAUGGCGAUUGCCUUAGCAUCAGCAGCAUUCGCCAUGCUCACACUCUUCGCAGCAUACGCUGUCCAUCUCAAACGCCUAAAGGCUAAACAAGCACGCAGAAAUCUGGGCAAGGUAUCGAUAAGCUUCAAUAGGUUAAGCAUGGACUUCAAGUAUGAAACUUUAGAAAAAGCCACUGAUUACUUCAGCCUGUCGAAGAAGCUAGGCCAAGGAGGAGCUGGCACAGUUUUCAUUGGAUCUCUUCCCAAUAACCAAACCGUGGCAGUGAAGCGGCUGAUCUUCAACACAAGCCAAUGGGUGGAGGAGUUCUUUAACGAGGUGAAUUUGAUCAGCGGAAUUCAACACAAGAACCUCGUUAAGCUGCUCGGUUGCAGUAUUGAAGGACCCGAAAGCCUGCCGGUCUACACGGUGCUCUGCCUGGACGAGGCCACGACAGGGCUGGACAACGCCGCCGCGUUCUUCGUCGUGGAAGCCCUCCCAAUG